UUGAACAAAAUGGAGGAUUUAAAAUAUGACGGCACGGAGCGCCUGGCUGUGGAUUACGUGGAGGGGAUUCUGCAGCCCACGCCCACCUGUGACACCUGGGAUCAGAUCUGGAACUUCCAAGUCAGGCCUGAUGAUCUGCUCAUUUCCACCUACCCGAAAGCAGGAACAACCUGGACGCAGGAGAUCGUGGACCUGAUACAAAACGAGGGUGAUAUUGACAGAAGCCAGCGGGCACCUACUCAUGAGCGAUUCCCCUUCAUCGAGUGGAAAAUCCCGGGCAUGGAAUCUGGCUUGGAACAAGCUAAUGCAAUGCCCUCACCACGGAUCCUAAAGACGCACCUUCCCAUCCACUUGCUGCCACCAUCCUUCCUGGAGAAAAACUGUAAGAUAAUCUACGUAGCAAGAAACCCCAAGGACAGCAUGGUGUCUUAUUACCACUUCCACAGGAUGAAUAAAGGGCUUCCUGCUCCAGGAACCUGGGAAGAGUACUUUGAGAGUUUCCUGGCCGGGGACGUGUGUUGGGGCUCCUGGUACGAGCACGUGAAGGGAUGGUGGGAUGCCAAGGACCAGCACCGCAUCCUCUACCUCUUCUACGAGGACAUGAAGAGGAACCCAAAGCAUGAAAUUCUGAAGUUGGCAGAAUUUAUUGGAAAGAGCCUAGAUGAUAAAGUUCUGGAUACAAUUGUCCAUUACAGUUCAUUUGACGUCAUGAAGCAGAACCCGAUGGCAAACUACACGUCGAUUCCAGCUCCAUUCAUGAACCACUCUAUUUCUCCAUUCAUGAGAAAAGGGGCUGUGGGAGAUUGGAAGAAUCACUUCACUGUGGCCCAGAACGAGAGAUUUGAUGAAGAUCACAAGAGGAAGAUGGCUGACACCACUCUAACUUCCCACAUCCGAUUCUUGUAA